CAUAUGCACCAAGUACGGAAGGUGCAAGCUCUGAAAAUGUCUCAAAAGAAGGGCUGAGCACCAUGUCUCCCCCACAGGUGCCCGCAUCAGCACCUCAAAGUUCAACUUUUAGGAGCAGUAGCAAUUCAUUGUAGAAGUCAUUCUUGGUUGAAAACUUAUGUUCUUGGCUGCUGCUGUCAUCACAUUAUAAAAUUUCAAACUGGUGUCAAGCUACAGAUUUUAGUAGCAACGACAUAAAUACUAGAGGUAUCUAGGCAGGAAUGCAUACUGUUAGGUACUUUGAUGGAAAAACGUACAAGUGGGUUGGGAUAAGCCGUCAGCCUAAUAUUAUUGGAAAAGGAUGCUCUAAGUUUGGUGUUUUAGUUUUGAAUAUUUAAUGGAGAGUUAAUAUUAUUAGAAAAUGCUGUAGAAGAGGGGUAAAGGUGGCUGUUGUUGGGGUCCCCAAAACUAUAGACAAUGAUAUUUUGCUGAUGGACAAAACUUUUGGGUUUGACACUGCUGUUGAGGAAGCACAACAAGCCAUUAAUUUAGCUUACAUCGAGGCACAUAGUGCAUACCAUGGUAUAGGAAUUGUAAAGUUGAUGGGUCGUAGCAGUGGAUUUAUUGCUAUGCAUGCAUCCCUGGCUAGUGGACAAAUCAAUAUAUGCUUGAUACCAGAGGUACCUUUCCAUUUACAUGGUCCUCAUGGUGUUUUGCGGCAUCUGAAAUACCUCAUUGAGACAAAAGGAUCAGCAGUGGUCUGUGUUGCUGAGGGAGCAGGGCAGAAACUGUGAAGCUAUAUGAAACAGUUGGAAUGGGAAAUGGAGAGAACGAGCCAAAGCAAGAGUGAGAGUUGGAGGAUGUUAUAGUAAACAAUACUCUCCAAGUUUCUUGUUAUAGUAACUUUUCAAUAUGUUGAACAUUGAAGAAUACUUGAAUACUUAAAGAACAUUUUGUUGUUGAUGACAGUGUUGAAUAUUUUAAACUAAUUUGUGGAUUGUUAAUACAAUGUUGAAUGUUUUUACUUUUUGUUAUUUGAAAAUCAAGUUUAUUUGA